ACAUGCGCAGAGUGAAGCGGAUGGGACACGUCAGGUUUGGCGUGGAUCUAAGCUGUGCGCAUGCGUCACUGAGGACCGUCGGCUCUGUGAUCUGAAGAGAACACGAUGAAGAUGAUGACCGCUCUGCUCCUCCCGCUCCUCCUGCCCUUGCUCGGCCUGUGCACCGCGGAAGACGGGGCUCGCCUGCUGGCCUCCAAAUCUCUGCUGAACCGCUACGCCGUGGAGGGCCGGGACCUCACCCUGCAGUACAACAUCUAUAACGUGGGCUCCAGUGCUGCUCUAGAAGUGGACCUGUCCGAUGACUCCUUUCCCCCAGAGGACUUUGGAAUAGUGUCAGGAAUGCUGAAUGUGAAGUGGGACAGGAUUGCUCCAGCCAGUAACGUGUCACAUACAGUGGUGCUGCGGCCGCUCAAGGCCGGCUACUUCAACUUCACGUCUGCGUCCGUGAGCUACGUGGCGCAGGAGGGAGGCCCCGUGGUGGUUGGAUACACCAGUGCCCCGGGACAAGGUGGUAUCCUGGCCCAGAGAGAGUUUGACCGCCGCUUCUCCCCCCAUUACUUGGACUGGGCUGCGUUCGGCGUCAUGACCCUGCCCUCCAUCGGCAUCCCCCUACUCCUCUGGUACUCCAGCAAACGCAAGUACGACUCAUCCAAAGCCAAGAAGAACUGAUUUUCCUCACCUCUGGAUGGAGAGGACAGAGGAAGGAUGACUGUAGCUGAGCAUCUAAGGAAGCUUCCUUGGACAUUUUCAAUACUUUGUAAUUACAGGAAUGACUCUGGUUUUCUAAAGGUUUGCGGAGAUGUGUGGGUUAAGAUUUUUGUGUGGGGCCAAGUAGUGCCUCUGCAGCAGCAUCAGUGCAUGUUCUAAUGGGCUGAGCUGUGCUCGCAGAAUUGAGUCUUGUACGUUUUCGUGUUGCACAGACCUUCAAAGGCAUUUAAGGUGAUAUAUUAUGCAAAAUUGUUUUUUGGAAGACUUUUUCAGACCAAAAUUGUUUCUUUACAUACCUGGCUGUUUCUACUUGCAGUCUUCCUUAGAGUGGUCACAUGAUGCCAUUUGAAAAACUCAGCUUGAAUAAAUUAUUGGAAACCAAACAAACCUCAUUGGGCUUCAUCAAAACUUGGAAUAGUGUGUAUGUUAUUUGACGGUUCCUAAUGUUUUAUUUUUUUAUUU